UCAGACGUUGAUUGUAUAUGGGGCUGACGGAAAUUUUAUUUAAAUAUGCACACCAAACAAAUGCAGCACACCUCUCCAAUCCAGAUAUAAAUAAUUAGGUUGCAUGGCGUGGGCCGCCCCCCCCCCCCCCUCCCUUUUAUGUAGAGCAAUAUACCUUUAGCUACAGCUUUUGGUGUCUUCUAAGAUACCUUAGGUAAUGCUCAUUGUAUGCAGAUUUCAAACAAAGCCAUAUCAUUUUGAUACAGAAGUUGUUCCAUCAGAUUUAUGAUGUCCAGGGAUUCCUAAGGGCAUUCCAAAUGUUUUAUGGUAGACUACUAAAUAUGAUGCACCGAUGACCAAAAUGAUGGCUGAUGUAAUUCCAUAUUUUGAACUUGUGCAUAUCUUUUCAUCUCUUUGGUGAACUCUUGCACAUUUUGUCAUCGUUUUAGAUGAAGUGAUGGACUUGAUAGCUUUGGUGGAAGUAUUCGUGUCGGAUACCGCUGGCGGGGCAGGAUAUGCUCAGAUUUCGCGAACACCUGAAUAUCAUCACUGUUUUGAGUGAAUGUCAUCACAGCUACAUUUAAUCUAAUGAGUCUUGGGAUACGAACCCUACAACAGUUACUGUCGGACUCAAAUGAAAGGGCUCCAACCCAUUGGAGGAUUUUCCAAAAGAAGAACAAAAUAUGGCAGCCUUCGGUGUUCAUUUUGGCACAUGUUCUGCAUGUUUAGCUGUUUACAGGGAUGGCAAGACUGACAUUGUGGCAAAUGACUUGGGUGAUAGGGUAACCCCCUGUGUGGUGGCAUUCACUGACCACGAUCAGUCUGUAGGGGCUGCUGCUAAACAGGGAGUUAUCCGAAAUGCUAGCAACACUGUGCGUUACGUCAAACGACUGCUGGGUCACAAGUUCUCUAGUACCGUUGUACAAGAUGUGGUAGAGAAAUCACCGGUUAAGAUUGUUGAGAAAGAUGGUGUACCUGUGUAUGAAGUUAGCCAUAUGGGCAAGACUAAACAAGUCUCAAUGACAUGUAUUGCAGAAACCAUUUACAGAAAAAUGCUAGAAACUGCUCAGAGUCAUGGAGGCCGAGGAAUUCAAGAUGCAGUGCUCACUGUACCUGUUGGUUUUACUCCUGAGCAAAGAAAUGCUAUCAGUGACGCAGCUCAUAAAGCCGGGUUCAACAUCUUGCGAGUUGUCAGUGAAGCAGCUGCCGCGGUUUUAGCCUAUGACCUGGGUCAACUCAACCACGCAGAAAACAGCACCGUUCUGGUGUAUCGGUUCGGAGGAACAUCCACUGAAGCCACCAUGAUCAAAGUGGAGAAUGGAUUGUAUCGGGUGUGUGCUUCAUUCACUGAUCCUAAUUUCGGAGCGGACGAAUACACAAGAGUUCUCUGUGAUUACCUUGUCACAGAGUUUAAACGACAGUUUCGGUGUGAUGUUCGCGAGAACAAGCGUGCGAUGAUCAAGUUGUGGCUUGCGGCUGAGGUGUGCAAACACACGAUGUCAAACCUGGGCAACGCUCACUGCACCAUCGAUUCCCUUCAUGACGGCAUCGACUACCAUCAAACCAUAUCCAGGGCCAGGUUUGAAAGUCUGUGUUCCAGUCUACUACAGCAGAACACUCGAAUCAUCGACCAAUGUCUCAGCGAGUCCAACCUUCAGAAAGAAGACAUCAAUAAGGUGAUUCUGUGUGGGGGCGGCAGCAAGGUUCCCAUCCUACAGAAGGCGAUAUCAGACUGCCUGCCUGGAGCCGAGUUGUUGAACUCCAUCCCAGCUGACGAGGUCAUCGCCAUUGGUGCUGCCAAGGAGGCUGCCAUAUUGGUUGGUAAAGAAAUUGAAGAACUUAAAGAACAUGAAAAUUAUCUUGAAGCCAAGUGUCUGUCUAAAUCCAUUUAUGUUAAGUGUGUUGGUCAAACAUGCCAUUCAGACAGCGACUGUUCAUCACAUCAGUGCUGUAGCAGCAAUGGCGGCAGCAUGCUACUGCACGUCUUGAGGGCAACAACAGCAGCGACAUGCGUCAGCAAGUCAGGAGUAAACGAGCAGUGUCCACUAAAUGGAGCUCCGUCCGGCUUUGUUCAUUCGUGCGGCUGUCAGCCCAAUCUCGUCUGCUAUGUACGGCCAUCAGGUAUGAUGCCGUCUUUCGGUCGCUGCAUAACCCAUGAACAACACCAGAAAGAAUUAGAGUGGGUCAGAAACAACCCCUGGGUAUACAUGCUACCAUAACGGGACAUUCAGCACACAGUAGACGUGCUGUACAUAUUGUAUAUACUAUAGGCUGAAGAUGGAAGAGAAUAAACUAUGAUAGAUAAUAACA